AUGGACCAAUUGUCCGAGCAGUCCAAGUUAUUCAGCCAAGCGCUGAGAUUUUUGGAGUCACUUCAGAGCGGAAAUAGCUUUGGCAACAAAGCCCGGACGAGUCUAUUGAAACUUGACGUGGUUAAGUUGCGCCUAACUAGGUGGGGGAGGUCUGUGGGUUUGACUGAUCUAAAUGAUGUGGGGUCUGCUCAUGAAAUAAAUCUCGCUCGUGAAGACAUUCCAGAAAUGCAAGAUCUCCUCGGUGAAAUACUGGAGCUGAUCAGGGAAGCGGAUAAGCUUUCGGGUUGCUUCAGGAAUAAGACUCCCCCAUCUCCGAAUAUGGAUCCCAGUAAGGAGCUGGCCAGAACCUCUGAAUCGUCUCAUCAGCAAGUCAAUGAUAUCAUCGAGGGGCAGGAGGGUAAAUUUAUUGUCAACCAGGAUAGGGCCCCGGCCAUUUACGAGAUGAAGGAUUUCUCGCGGUUGAUCCAAGACAUAGGUGGUCUGGUCGACGAUUUGACUGAAUUGUUCCCAGCGGAAAAUAAGCACUGCGGGAUCUAUAAAAAUGAAGCUUCACGGAUGGACAAGGAUGGUCUUUCGAGUGAAACCGUUGUCAAGGCCAAUCAGCCUACGAUUACCUACAAUAACUGUGUUAUCUUCACAGGGGAGAAAUUUGGAAUCCAGAUGGGACAUAACGCUGGCACAAUUAACGAUGUGCGAUUCGGCCAGCAGAGUCGGCCGUGA